UCAAGGGAUCUUUUAUUAAAGGUUCGAUCACUGAUCAAUUUUCCAAGGAAUAUAUGCACAGGAUGUGUUAACAAACUCGAAGAAAUAAUGAUGUUUAUUGAAAAAGCAAAUACUAAUUGUGCUGGAUUAGAAAUGAAAUCGAUACCGAAGAAAGAUAUCAGCGAAACAGUAGAUACAACUGUUGAAUACUAUGAAGGGAUUACUCGACGUGGAUCACAAAUUUGUCAGAUUUGUUCAUCUCCAAGUGAUGUAACACCAAUAAAAGAGGAUGCAUAUUUUAUUCAACUGAUUCAGAAUAUUACCAAUAUUAAUAUUACUACCUAUAUCUUCACAUGUAGCUCAUGUGUACGCAAUCUGGUGAAAAUUUCUUUAUUUGUCACUUCAAUCUUGAACACUGAAGAGAAACUUCAAAAUGUUAUUUUAAUAUCUGGGGUGGACGAAACCAAAAGUUAUCAGAAUUCGAUUGAAGGUCCAUCAGCGAAUAGAAAUAUGAGAGAUGAUGAAAGUUUUAAGCGAAAUAUAAUAUCGAAAGAUGAAAUAAUCGAGAAAGAUAAUUUUGCAGAUACAAGCGAAGAAAUUAUCGACGUCAAGAAAGAAACUGUUCAUGUUGAAGAAGAAGGUAGCAUCGAUGUCAAAGUAACAAACGGAAAAAUGAUUGGAAAAGAUGAUUUUGCAGAUGAAAGUCAAGAAAUAUUUGACAUUAAGGAAGAAAUUAUUGACAUCAAGGAAGCCGUUAUUGAUAUUCAAGAUGGUAGCAUCGAUAUCAAAGAAACAAACGAAAAAAUAAUUGGGAAAGAUGAUUUUGCAGAUGAAAGUCAAGAAAUGAUUGACUCCAAGGAAGAAAUUGUUGAUACUGAAGAAGAAGGUAGCAUUGGUAUUAAAGUAACAAACGAAAAAAUAAUUGGGAAAGAUAUUUUUGCAGUUGAAAGUCAAGAAAUGAGUGACAUCAAGGAAGAUAUUAUUGACAUCAAGGAAAAAGUUAUUGACAUCAAGAAAGAAAUUGUUUUUCAGAAAGGUCAUUCAUAUAAUCAUAUGCUCAUUCAUAGCAAGGUAUUUGAAUGUCACAUCUGCAAAAAACCAAGCAUUUCCAGAUCAACUUUCCGAAAUCAUCUUCGCUCUCAUGGAGUAGGAAAACUGAAUCAAUGCGAUCAUUGUAAAAUAUACUUUAAACGAGCAAGUAGUCUAGAAAGACAUAUGCGCAGCCAUGUUGAAGGUAAAAGGCACAAUUGCGAUUCUUGCAAUAUACAAUUCGCUACAAAAACCACUUUCAAUAAACACCUGCUACUUCACGACGAAGGAAAAACUCACGAGUGUGAUACCUGCAAACAAACAUUCCUUUCAAAAACCAUGUUGCUGAAGCACUUACACCUUGAUCACGGCAUGAAACCACACGAAUGUGAGGUAUGCCAAAAAUGUUUCCGUAAGAAAACAGGUCUACAGCGACAUUCACUCGUCCACACUGGAGAAAAACCAUUUGGAUGUGAGGUUUGCCAAAAAAGGUUCAAUCAAAAGGCGAUUUUGAAGAGACACUUAUCCACUCACAGCAAAAACACCAAUUUGAACGGUUCUUAACAAAAAUAUCAAACCAUGAGAAGUAAAACGAGAUAUUUGAGGGACUAUUAUUGUUACAAUAAUAAAAAAUUACACAUGUUAUGUAUGUUUGGAUGUGAUAAUAAUACCUAAGCUCAUGUCAGCAAAAGUAUUAAGUUUAUUAUUAGUGAACACACGCAAUACAACAUGAGUAAUCGGAUUAGGAAUGGAGGUAACAACCAGGUUGAGGUUAUAAGUUACAAAUGUUACCAAUAUAUGUGAUUGAUGACUUGUUUACUUU